AUGGCCCUCACAUACGCAACAAUCCCCCUACAAGUUCAAGGCGUAAGCCUCAACAUCUCGACCAUCCACAACCUCAACUCGAAGCCCCCAACUGUGUUCCUGCACGGCUUCGAAUCAUGCAAGGAGGACCUGGCCGACAUUGUCGUCCGUCCCGCAUUCAAGCAAUGUGGCUAUCUCGCCUUUGACGCGCCAGGGUGCGGACACUCGGAAAGCGAGCGGCUCUCAGCGACGGAUAUCUCCUUCCUGAUUGAGCAAUUCCAUCUAAUCGGACACUCGAUGGGAGGACUCACGGCGCUCCUGCUGGCCCAUCGCCAUCCCAGCCGAGUCUUGAGCUUCGUCGAUAUCAAGGGCAAUCUUGCGCCGGAGGACUGCUUUCUAAGCCGGCAGAUCUUCCUCUUUCCGACCAACGACCCCGAAGCCUUUCUGAAUGCUUUUAUCGUCCGUACCGCCACCGCAAAGUCCUACGGAAGUCCGUUGUAUGCAAGUAUCUUACGUGCUCGGGUGUGCGCGGGCGCAGUCCGGGCCAUCUUCGAGUCGAUCAUGUUCAUGUUUGGGGAGGAGAACCGAGGGCUAUCGUAUCUCGCAUGGCUCGGGCAGGCAGGCGUCGAAUUGGCGGAGAUCGAGGACAGCGGGCAGUUCCCCAUGUUUUCGAAUCCGGUCGAAAUGUAUCGUCGCAUUGGCGGAUUCCUGAAGAAAUUAUGA